GGAGCCAAAGGAGUUGUAGGACCACAGGGAGAGACCGGAGCCAGAGGCGCACCUGGAAAACCAGGACCGAUGGGAUUCCAAGGAGAGCAAGGUUUUCCAGGGGUCUCUGGAAAGACUGGUGUUCCUGGCAAACUGGCUAGUGAGCAGCACAUCAGAGAACUGUGUAGCUCGAUGAUCGAUGAUCAGAUGGCUCAGCUCGCUGCUAACCUGAGAAGGCCUCUGGCUCCUGGUGCCGUGGGACGGCCUGGACCAGCCGGGCCUCCAGGGAAGCAAGGAGAGGUUGGAUCCAUCGGUCACCCUGGAGCCCUUGGCCCGCCGGGUUACAGAGGACUGCCGGGAGAUCUGGGUGAUCCUGGUCCUCGAG